UGAGAGGGGGAAUCUGUGGAUUGGAUCAGUGACGCGAGUGUAUCAUACAGAUUUAGACGUAUAUAUUUUUAUAUAUUUCACUUUACGUCACCUUAUUUUAUAUACAAAUAAAAUGUCUGCCAGAAAAACAGCCGGUCGUCGUGCAACGACAAAAAAACGUGCUCAGCGUGCAACAUCAAAUGUAUUUGCAAUGUUCGACCAGGCUCAAAUUGCUGAAUUUAAAGAAGCAUUUAAUAUGAUUGAUCAUAAUCAUGAUGGAUUUAUUGACAAAGAAGAUCUUCAUGAUAUGCUUGCAUCUUUAGGAAAAAGUCCUACUGAUGAAUAUCUUGAAGGCAUGAUGAAUGAAGCACCUGGACCUAUUAAUUUUACAAUGUUUUUAACAUUAUUUGGUGAAAGACUUCAGGGAACAGACCCAGAAGAUGUUAUUAAAAAUGCAUUUGGCUGUUUUGAUGAAGAAAACAAUGGACAUAUUAAUGAAGAACGUCUUCGUGAGCUUCUAACAACAAUGGGAGAUCGGUUCACCGAUGACGAUGUUGAUGAAAUGUACCGUGAAGCCCCGAUAAAAGGAUCAAUGUUUGAUUACAUUGAGUUCACUAGGAUUCUGAAACACGGAGCAAAAGACAAGGAUGAACAGUAAAAAUAUAAAAAUAAUAAUUCAAGAUAUUAACUAUUUAUCUUUUUAACUUUUUUUCAAGUAUUUAUGAAUUGAUAACUAUUUCCAUGAGUUUAAACUCUGAUCAUAUGAUUUUAAUGUGAAAAAACACGUAUGCAAAAAAAAACGCUUACGUAAUUUUGUUACUUAAUUUUCAGAAUUUAAAAUGCAUUUUUUGUUUCUUUACUUUCUUUAUUACUCUAGUGUUUAAAGAAAUGAGUAUUUAAUCUAUUCCAGAAAUUUUUUUUUACGCAAUGUAAUGCCAUAAUUUUUCUUAUUAAUUUUAAUUAUUAAUAUAGAUCAUUUAAUUCGAUUAACGUAUACUAUUGUAAAUUAUACAUAUAUAUUAUAUAUUAUAUAUCUAGCUGUCAUAUAAUUGGCAUUUGUAUUUUAAUACAUCAAAAAAAUAUCAAGACUAAAUUUA